AUGGCUCUGCCAUUCUCUGUCUUCAGCUUGGUCGCGAGUCAAAGACUUGGAGAUCUGUCAGUUAAGGCACCGAUACUGAGUAGCAUCUUCAGAGGACUGCAGAACCAAGUUCCGUCUCUCUUCCAUGAGUUGAUUGGUGAGCAUGCUGUGGUGACAUGCGUUGUUAAAGAAAAGGUUGGUACUCAUUUUUUUUGCUUUUCAGGGAUCCCAUUCCGCACAGAAGUCCAUCUUUUUCCAAGUCCAUCGUAUUCUGGAAUCUUCUCUGGGUUUCUAUACGUCUUAAAAGAAUGUCACUGGUGGGUCAUAGUCACCAAUAUGAUCUUGGUGGAUGGGCUCUCUAUUUUCUCCCUUGUCUACCUCGGUUCAAAAUGUAAACUUGUGUGCAAGUAUUUUGAUAGCUUGAGAGAAAAAACUAUUAAGAACUCUAAAAGUAUGAGUAAGGAAACCUUGGGCCAGGAGUUUGAAAAAGACUUCAUAAAUGGGAUAAAGCUGCAUGAAGAUACACUAUGGUGUGCCCGAAACGUCCAAUAUUCUUUAGGAAACAUUUACGGAGUGGCAGUUGUUGAAACAACAUCACUUCUCGUGUUCUGUCUCGUCAAAUUAGUUAGUGCAGAAAGGAACUUGACGUUUCUGAUCGCGAACUUAAUGUACAUUGGCUGCGUGAUGGUGAUCAAUGGGGCUUAUAUGAUGGUUGCAGGGGACAUCACAUAUGAAAUUUCCAAACUGCCAAUGUCAAUGUUUUAUUGCGGUUGGGAGCUGGUCCCCUGGAGACCUGGGUUGCGUACCCUGAUCGUAGUGGCUCUCCAGUGCAGCCAGAAACCUAUCUACAUGACUGCUUUUGGCGUUAUCACGUUGUCUUAUAGCAACUUUAUUUCGGUUAUACGUGCUGCUUAUUCGUUCUUUGCCGUGUUCCGGUAAUCUGGAAGAGAUUUCGCUUGGGAUAGGACCGCCCAAUUUGUGCCGUUUACUUUUUAUUUGUAGUACUUAAUUGUUA